GGGACCCACUUCGCAAACAGGAAGUGGCCUUUGUUGACUCGUUAAGGAAAAAGCAAGAUGGCUAACCUGGACGUGGAGGAUUUUAUUCAGCAAAACAGAGCUUUGGCUGACCAGGUAGAAACAUUUCGAGGUUACUGGGAGAGUGAAAAACACUGGCAGGCAAGGAGGGAGUUCAUCCUACGGAACAUAAGCGACUUUGAAGACCCGCAUCUGGACCAACUGAUCUCCUUGUCCAUGGUUUGGGCUAACAACGUCUUCCUCGGCUGUCGGUAUAGCACAGAUCUCCUGGAGAAAGUGAAGGAAAUGGCCGAAGGCGUCGUGGUGGAGGACGCACCGGUCUUCAAGACAAGAGAUGAGAUUAUGAAGAAGCAACAGGGUCGAUGACCUUAUACGUUCUGGUCGUGUCGGAUCAAGCCUGGAGACUGAUGGGACUCGGCUGUUCUGUACAUACAGGCUGCGCUUUUAACAAGUCUGGUCACAUUUCACAAGCUGUUACAAUCUUGCUUUUUCUAAACAGUGUAAGAUUGCAACACCAUGAUGGUAAUUGAUGUGAUUGGAGUGUACACAUCAGAAAUCUUUUUAACAAAAGCAGAGAUAUUGUGUUAUUCUGCAUUUUAUUGUAUAGACACAACAAUGUUUUUGACAGUGUGGGAGGUUCACUGCUCAUCCAUUUUUAAACUUUU